CCGAGAGCGAGAAGACGUCAGGACACAAAAGACCGCAAAUAAUAAUAACACCAAGAGACCAAAGUGCGUGUAGGAGUGGGUGACCACUUUCGUAAACGUUUUUCCUCUAAAAAUCAUGAAACACCGAAACUACCCCUGGUUGGACCGAGAAUCUCAUGCCCCCCUACCACCCAAUCACAAGCGCGUAACCAACCAAUCCUCGUGAUCCCACCACUUCUCGCUCUUAACCCGAUCCUUCGCUCAAAGGUUAGAGCCCCAGAUCUGUUUUCUCUCCCUUGAUAUGUCAUCCGAUCAACGCGACGUCGUUUUCUCUAUGGAAUCGCCAGAUCUAGAGGAAGGAGGCGUAGCAGAGUCCGACACCGACGAGGAUCUACGCGAGAACGAUGACGUGGCGAUUCCCGAAACAGACGAUCCCGAGGAAGAAGAAGAAGAUCUAACAGCAACCGUAACGGCCGUAACGACCUCCUCCACAGACGCCGUAACCGUCGCGCUUCCGGCCGGAUCCGCCGUCCCCGUCUCCGUGAUCCCCGUCGACUCCGAUCCGAAAUGGCACCGCAUGACGGAGAUCGUCCACCAGAGACCACCGCCGGCGAUCGACGACUCUCGGCGUCUCUUCCAGAGGCUGUGGACCGACGAGGACGAGAUCGAGCUCCUCCGCGGGUUCCUCGACUACGUGACGACGCACAGAGGGAGCAGCUCGCAUCCCCCCGAUACGGCGCCGUUUUACGAGCUGAUCAAGUCGAAGCUCCAGCUGGAUUUCAACAAGAACCAGCUCGUGGAGAAGCUGAGGAGGCUCAAGAAGAAGUACAGGAACGUGAUGAGCAAGAUCAGCUCGGGUAAGGAGGUGUUCUUUAAGAGCCCUCACGAUCAGUCCACUUUCGAAAUCUCUAGGAAGAUUUGGAAUCAGACUGGGAAGAUCAUUGGGUUUGAGGAUAAUGAUUUUGAGGAGACUAAUAAUAAUAGCCCUGGUUCUAAUCCUGGUGUUAAUGUGGUUGAGAUGGAUUCUGAAAACGGAGUUGAGAAGAGGUUGAUGAUGAUGAGUAGUAGUAGUGGUUCGAGGAAACGGUCGCGGUCGAGGAUUGGGAAGAUUGAAGACGACAACAAACCUAUACUCACUCCAUGUGAUGGGAACAUACCAAAUGCAGGUAGUAAUGUUAACCUCAACGAGCCAGCGACGGCUGUUAUUGGAGGAAACAUCGGUGUGUUGAUUGAGGAGACUGUGAAGAACUGUGUCUCUCCUGUGAUUAAGGAGAUGAUGAAUGGGACAACGAGUAUGAUGAUGGCUGCAAUGGGAGGUGGUGUUGGUGGUGGUGGUCAUGGGUUUGGCUCGUUAAGUCCCAUGUUUACACGGCCGUUUGGUUAUGUCGUAGAAGGAGGAGGAAACAAGGCCGUGAAUGAUGAGCGGUGGAGGAAGCAGCAGAUUCUGGAGCUGGAAGUGUAUUCAAGGAGAUUAGAGUUGGUUCAAGAGCAGAUUAGAGCUACAUUGCAUGAGUUAAAGACGAUGCCAAGUGGUGUAUGAUGAAAACAAGAUGAGGAAUAAGACAAUGACGAAGAUUAAUAACCAGUUAGGUUGAUAUUUGAUAUGAGAUUUAACCUUCUGGAGUGUGUGGUGAGUAUUAGUACGAGAGAUUUGAAUCUUUUCAAUUAUAAAUUUGCUAAGGUAUUAUUGUGAUAUUUCUCUAGGUUUGAGUUUUUUUUUUUGUAUUUCCUUAAAUUAUUUGUCAAUAGGGAUGAAUGAUAGUUGGGGGUUUGUGUAUAACCGUUGUAUUAGAUUCUAGCUUUCUCGUAUAAGCUUUGGAAGUGACUGAAGUGUAUUUAUCUAUACUAUUAAAAGAACUAUUC